GUCUCGCUGGCCAAUUGAUAAGCUUUAUUGGUUAUGGCUUGGAGCAAUCUCCCCCCUUCGCUCCAAUGAACUGAUACCACUUUCAAUUUGAUCAAUCUAGCAGUCCGACUAUCUACUCAGUGUCUUAUUUAUUUUGCAUACCUUUUCCCCUAUUGAGUGUUUUUCUGUCAUGAAUGAGCCAGAAUCUUCUCAAAUCAAUGUACAGUCCAUUGAAGAUGACGCGGCCAGUGCUACGACGAAAGAAAGUGACUCAGACAGUGUUUCUUUCAACUUCAAAAGCUUCGAUGGAUUCCUGGACCGAGCCAUAGGAGAGCUGCAAACUAGCCAGCGCUCCUCUAUUAUUGUUGAAGAGGAUGGCCGCUCUAGCUUUGUGGGGUCCGAAAGGAGGGAUGGGAGUGGAAGUACGCCGAGUCUUCCAAGUCUCGAUUUCAUCCCUGUCAUGGGGGUUCUUGAUGAUCAAAAGUAUAUUGUGUCAACAACCGCAAGCAUAGCUGAAACUAGUAUUAUUACCGAUAGUGAUUUUAAUGUUCCUCACAAUGUUCCUCCGACAGGUCAAACUGAUAGCAACAGGGAGUCCGGCGUUGAAAGUGAUUCCGAUAACAUGGCAGAGUUAGCGGCACUCCUGAACACGGAGAUCCCGGAGGGGAGGAAUAGUCUCCUAGACAGUCACACAAAUUUAGAACGGGUAGCUGAGUAUUGUGAAGGAAAUUAUUUUCAGGCUGAAAACAAAAGAAUAGCUCUAGAAGAAACAAAAAAUUAUACCACUCAAUCGCUAGCAAGUGUUGCAUAUCAAAUAAACACCUUGGCGUAUAAUUUUCUUCAGUUGUUAGAUCUGCAGGCUGUACAACUCUCAGAAAUGGAAGGGCAGAUGAAUCAUAUUGCUCAGAUGGUAAUGAUUCACAAGGAGAAGGUAGCUCGAAGAGAAAUAGGUGUACUAACUGCUAACAAGACUACAAAUCGCCAGUAUAAAAUAAUUGCUCCAGCAAGCCCAGAAAAGCCAAUAAAAUAUGUUCGCAAGCCCAUAGAUUUUAAUGCUCUCGACGACAUCGGCCAUGGAGUUCGCAGCAAUAUGCCGAGAAACAAGCAGCGGGGUGGAAGUGGAAGUCAAGGUUCCAUCCAUCCUCCCAACGCGUCUCCCCUUGGCGUUGGCCCUGCUCCUACGACCAAGCCACCCACACCGCCAUCUGUAAUCCGUGCUACUGGAUCUCUCAGCAAAAGCUCUCGUGAAUACCGUACUCCCCCUGCAGUAGCUCCGCCUCAGGUACCCAGCCAUUAUGCUCCAAACUAUCCAAUCGGCCAUCCUAGAAGAGAACGUGGCCCAGGUUACAGCACGCUACCGCAUGCUUCGUCUCACCAUGCUCCACAGAUUGGAAUGGUCCACCCACAGCCACAGCAGAACAAUACUUCAGUUCUGCAAAUAAAUAACAAUGCUCAGACCAUGCCUCCUCCGCCAUCGCCUCUGACUCUGGCGAAUCAUUCAGCAUCAGGGAUGGAAAUGAUUAAUGAUGGGCGGCAAUACCUGCAUACAUUGCCACGACAUCCGUCGAACAACUCGCCGCCUUUACCACCCCCACCAGAAGAGGAACAUGCUCGCUUCGGACAACCCAGAGGUGCCACUAGAGUCAUGCCGAUCAUCCCAGAUGAGCAUGAUCUACCGGGCUGGGUUCCUAAAAAUUACAUCGAAAAAGUGGUUGCAAUAUACGAUUAUUUCGCGGACAAGGAGGAUGAGCUUAGUUUCCAAGAAAGCGCUGUCAUUUACGUUCUCAAGAAAAAUGAUGAUGGUUGGUGGGAAGGUGUCAUGGACGGCACAACAGGGCUUUUCCCUGGCAAUUAUGUAGAGCCGUGCAUGUAAAAAAUGCUGUGCCACUCACUAGGUAGUAAUUUUUUCCAAAUUUUUGCACUAUUGUGUUUUUUCUAGGCAACUGAGUUACAAUUCUUACUUUCGUUUCUCUUACUUCAUGUAGCAAAAUUAUCUUAUAAGCUCAGAUUCCUUACAGGCUAAGGAAAAUCCUGAUAGCUCAUGUUUUGUUAUUAUUCUUGUAGUUAUAUUUUGUAAAAUAUUUCAAAGUAAUGUUUUUUAAAAAGUAUUGUUGCCAGUGCAAAGAGCUAAAUUCAAGUUAAUGAUGGCUUUUUGCGCCUGCAAUUGCAUUUAAAAUUUAGGCCAUGUAAUCUUAGUUACUAGAGUGCUCUUAUUUUCUGUAGUAACGCUGGGAGACGUAUCGAAGUAAAAGUGCAUAAGUACAUAAGUAUCGUAUAAAUGGCGCAAGUCAGAAAACAGGAAAGAUAUAUUACAAUCACAGCUGUCUCUGUGCACGAAGGUUCUUUUCCCGAGUGAUAAUUGAACUACAUCUUGCAUUCAGGAACCAAUAUUUCUGACUCAUCCCUAAAAACACGCAUAUACAUAGGGAAACUAAUUAGACAUGAGUUGUUUUCAAAACAAGCUAGAAAUAUUAGUUCCCCAUAACAACAUAAAGUCAAAUUGGAUUACAUUUCAUCAUAAGAGCAUGUUGUCUGGAACCUGGGGAAACUGGGAAAUUCUGGGAUUCAUCAGAGAAUGAAACAUCCGCGAAAAUCAAGAAAUUUUUCAGGUCAAAUGAUUCUUUAAACUGGUGAUUUGUAGUAAUUUGGCUUCAAAAAAUUAGACAAAAGCUGGACAUUUUUUUUCCUCAAACUUGGAGAAAAUCCUUGUUUUUUAACAAGAAAUUCUAGGAGAAAACAAGUGAAAUUCCUGAGUUUUUAGCAGGGCAAUUUCUAAUCGCAAAAUUUAGUCCAAUUAUACCUGUUCUGUCAAUUUUUUUCUUUACCAACUUUUUUGAAAUGAAAUACAUGAAAGGCUUGAGAUAUGCAUUUAAGCAACUCAUUAAGUUCAUUCGUCAAUUGAAAUACAUAUUACAACGAAUCACUAUUUCCGGCUAAUUAUGAAAUCAAUGAAUGUCCUAAAAGUUUCUUCAUGAAGGUGGAUGUUUCCAUAAACAAACCAGAAAUAAUAGUUCUUUAUUGCAAAAUGUGGUUUAAUUGGUGCCGAAAAAUGUGAAAUCUUACAAUAAACUGAAAAAAGCUUUCGGAAAGCUGAAACUAGACUGUGCUGUUUCAAAAAUUUCGAAGUCUAUUGUCAACUCCCUUCUUUACAAAUUCACAAAUUACUAAAAAUACAUUUUGAUAAUACUUGAAAAGCAUGUAUCAUCAUGUAUUUUCAGUCAUUCUGAGUUAUGUAAAGCGUAUAUUUUUAAGAAAAAUGUUGCCCUUAUUUAAGUUGUAUGUAUUCCUGUAAAUGGACGUACUCUAACAAAUGCAUGGAUAAGACAAGAAUCAGCCCAGUGUGCUGCCAGUCAGGGAAAACCAGGAAACGUCAGAAAAAUGACAAAAAUGUCAAGGAAAUAUUGUUAAUUCACCUUUAUUUGCUUCCUAGAAUGGGUUUGAUGUUUCAAACAAAACAUUUUGCCUGAAAGUGUCUUUCAAAUUAUGUCUUUUUAACCUUCCGGCAUAUCUUUAAUUGUUCAAAAAUUUUACCAAAAUUUGUCUGGAGAAUUAAGGAAAUGUCAGAGAAUUUCAUUUUCUAAAUUCUGCGUCAACCCUGCCCAACUGCAUUUCACUUUCCCUAACAUUUGCUCAUGUUUUAUUCUAUCAACAGUACGCUAAAUAACAUAAGGACUUAAAAUUUUCUGAAAUUCCCUCUGAUAAUUAUGAAUAAAUUCAAAACAUUUUAAAUUAUAAUGUUUAUGAAUUUUCUAUUAAAAAUAUAAAACAAGAGCAAAAAUCAGGUGACGCGUGAUGUCAUGUAUUAAGGCUGAUUCUUGUUAAAUCUGUCCAAAUUGACCACAUUUUGCAAUUAGGAACUACAAUUUCUGGCUCAUUUGUUAAAGCACAUGUGUCCAUAGUGAAACUAAAUGUACGUACGUUUUUUCUAAACUGAGCAAGAAAUUGCAGUUACUGCUUGCAAGAUGUAGUCCAGAUGAUCUUCUCUCAUUAUGUACUCUUAAUAUGCGACCCAUGAAUCCUUGUAAAUACUAUUUUACGAUUUUAUUUAUUCUUUAUUUAUACAUACCUUUUUUCCUUUUGAAUCAUCCUUGUUGUAUCACUUCUGCUGUUGUGUAUUUUAAUUUAUUCAGUUUAAAUAAUAUUUGUACAAGAAACAAA